CAAUCUCGCGACUCCAAAAUAACGGCUUCGUCCUGUUUCUGCAAGUCGUCCGUGAGCCUCGGCAUUGACCGCGACAAAUUGGAGGGAGCUAAAAUAGAAUGUGAAAGAUGAUCGUUGCUCAGGGGAAGAUGUUGAUAAAAUGUCGUAAGGAGACUGUCCUUGCUUGUGAUUUUGGUUCUGUAUCCUUUGAGCUUUGUUGGAAGAAAUCACGAUGCUUUUUAACGUUGCCUUCUUUUGCUCUGCGGCUCUGGCUGUUAGCGCCAGCAAUGAGUGGCGCGCACCUACGGCGUCUGAUCGCCGAAGCCCUUGCCCCAUGGUGAAUGCAGUCGCCAAUCACGGAUAUCUGCCUCGCGACGGCCUCCAUAUCUCGCUUGAGGAUCUGAUCGUCGCCUUCACCGACGCCAUCAACCUCGAUCCAGCUGCGACAGCUCUCGUCGGCCAAAAGGCUCUCACCACUGGGAACAAUGGCACUUUCAACCUCGAUGACCUGAACAAGCAUGGAGUUAUCGAGCACGAUGGCAGUCUGAGCCGCGCCGACAUCUUCUUCGGCGAUAACCACAGCUUCAACGAGACCAUCUGGGCCUCCACAGCCUCUCACUUCACCGAGCCAACCAUCUCCAUCGCGACCGCCGCCAAGGCUCGCAAAGAGCGCCUCAAAGCCGCUGAAGCUGCCAACCCCGAGUUCUCCCUACCUGCCGAUCUUCAGCAGUUCAGCUUCAUCGAGACUGCGCUCUACCUGUCUGUCUUUGGAAAUUUGAACGAUGGAAAUGCCAAGACAGAGUGGGUCAAAACAUUGUUCCAGGAGGAACGCUUGCCUAUUGAGGAGGGAUUCAAGAGGUCUGACGAUGUGAUCACUGCUGCUGGUAUCCUGGGUCUUGUUGCCAAGGUGGCCGUUGCUAGUAUCUAAAAUGAUGCAGCAUGGUUAGAUAUUGAUAGCAAAUCACUGAGUAUGUCAGCU